AUGAUUGGUUCUGUCAUACAAUGUAUAAGAGAUAUCAAUGCUUUUGAGUUUCCCAAAGAGAUCCUGUCCUUGAUCCAGCCUGUGAAAAGGCUUAUCAAGGAGGCCUUCUAUGAAGUGUCAACUCAAUCUUUGAGCAUCUUUAAUCAGUUCACCUUCAACUCCACUCAAGGAAAGAAGUAUCUGGAAGAACUUGAAAUAGGACUGUCUGAGCAAAUCGAGAAGGUCCAAGAAUGUUUGGAGGAAGAAAAGGAAGUGAAAGAGGAUGACGACGAGAUGGAGUGCUCAGAAGACAGCGUUCUCCAGAGGGUCCACCUUGAACUGCGCAAUUAUUUCAUCAGAAUAAAACUAUACCUCAGAAAAAAGAAAUUCAGUAACUGUGCCUGGAAGAUUGUUGGAGUGGAAAUAAGAAGAUGUUUCUUCUUCUUUUAUGACUUAACAAAACUACUCAAAAGGGGAUAA